AUGACUUCAAGUGACUCUCGGGCCCUACAACUGAAAGGACAGAUCCAGCAGCAUUUGGUAGAAUCUGGAAAUUAUGAACUUAUAUCUAACAAGUUGAGCCAAAAACUACUACAAGAAGGCUGGACAGACCAAGUAAAACGAUUAACCAGUGUUGAGAUAGAUAACAAUAAAAAUGCCAGCUUUCCAGAAGUCCUGGCGAAAGUGGAGCCAAAGGCGAUACAGCUGGUUUCUGAAAGUACGAAACAAGAGAUUAUAUCACAAAUCCAAAGCUACCUGAGCGAGAUCGUGGAAACCGAGUGA